ACACCACGUCACCACGCCCUCUCUGCUCAGCAGAUUAAACAAGACAAAAAAAAAACAACGGCGGGGCGGGGCGCCGACAUGGACGGCGGCGGCGGGGGCGAUCCGGGCGGCCGGGUCGGAGAGGCCAAGGCGGAUGCCACACGCGCUGCGAACAAGCGAAGGGCCCCAUCGCCAGCCGGGGGUGGGGGAGUCGAGGCCAAGAGGAGGAGGAAGGACGCCAUGGGCUCGUCGGUCUCCGGCAGCAGAUCUGGUGGCGGUGGGGGCAGGAGGCUGCGACAUGGUCGAGGUAGAAGAGCUCGUGCCUUCAGACGCAAGCUUGAGGAGGAAAAUAAGAAUUCAAAUAAUAGACCCCGUGCCUCAAAUGUGGUUAUUGCUUAUACGCCUAACCUCAUUCGGCGGUAUGGGACUCUCUUGAGAAACAUCUCAUUUCUGCUUCCUUAUGAUGGUCAAGGAAAGGCAUAUGCUUGUCCUUCGGACAAAAUCAAUGUGUUUCUUAAAUGGAGCAGAUGCAACUUUUGUCUCUUCUUUGAGUGGGCAGAAGGUGAUCAGAUGAUGAUUUGUCAUAUGUUCAAUACAUUGAAAGAGAUUCACAUAUCGUUUCUUAUAAAUCCAGCAUUCCUAGAUGAAAGUAUGGAAGUGAAAGUAACAAAUCCUUUACUUUCAUUUUCAUCCAAUUUUGUUGAAGAUGAAACUUGGGCUCUUGUGAAGGAGAUGCUAAUGAUGAUGUUUUCUCCAGUUCAAGAAGAUGAGCGUGCAGCUUCAGAUCUAUAUGUCUUCACAAAGAGUAGAGAUUCUGUUUACUUCAGGAUUUUCAAGAUCACUAGUAUCCCUGCAGGCGAGAGUGAAAAUUCACUGGUUCUUGAUGAGGUUGGGCUAAAUUUUUGCCUCAAGCUUUUAGAUGUCCACGGUGCUUUUGUUGGCUCAGACUGUGAUCAAGCUCUGGAUGGUCUUCAAAGUCAGACAAGAAAUGAGUUGAAAUUAUCCCCAGAUAUAUAUUACUGUGUGCCAAAUGAUAAACUUGGAUGCUGCACUCUCCACUCAGUUGCUUUGAAUAAUCAGAACUAUUUAUUUUUUUUGGAGAAUGGCUUGGAUUUAUCACAUUUUGAAGGUUUCUGUUUGACUUUGGAAGAAUUUCUCGAGAGGAAUUCUUUUCUGAAGAUAAAGCAUAUUGUUGGGUCAAGGAAUGAUGAGGAAUGUAAUUUUGUUCGAAAUAUUGCUAAGGCAAUUAUUCGUUCCAUGCUGUCACACCUUGUUAACUUGUUCUCUUUGGGGAAAUGUUUGAGGAUGGGAACAGACCUUCUGAGAAGGAGGAAAAUUCUUUUAAAAGGAUCUGAUGUCAAGUUCUUUCAACUUGAAGUGAUUGCAUAUGAGGAGGAUGAAGCAAUAAAUAAUGUGCUGCAGGUUGUUGAGUUGGUUAAAAGUUGUUUUGUUGGGGAAAUGAUACCGGCUGAUCUGCAAGGUGAUCUACAUGAUUUAAAGGAAAAUCCUUUGAAGAGACUUGAAUCAGUGAUAGACAGCAGCUCAUUAAUGUCAGCUAAAGAGAAGAAAGGAUUAUUGGUCAAUUUGCACACUGAAUAUAAAACCAAUAUUAGUCCAGCUAUUAGCGAAGAUGAUCGUGAUAGUUUAUUUAAGCACAUCCCGUAUUUGGACUGCUGGAUGAACAGAACGGAAGACAAUGAGUAUCUAAAGCUCGUUGCUAAUUUGGAUUCAAAAAAAGUGGCUUUGAAAGUUAACAAGGUUGGAACGGAUAAGAGAAAACCAUCUAAAAAUGGUAUCUUACAGUUUGAUUUUAUGAGGAAUUCCGAUGUUCAUAUACCUGAAAAGGCAUUAAAGGAUGGUAUCACCCCCUUUCGUUUGUCAUGGACAGAUUAUAUUUUAACUUCCCGCUACCCAACGUACUUGCGUGCCAUUCAAAAAAGUUUGGAACCAUACAUGAAGUCAAGAAAGAAGUUAAAAUGAUGUUACCUCACACACAAAGAGGGCGGGCUGGAUUUUCAUUGGAACACAAUGUGGUUGAUUUGAUGGAGAAACUGGGGUUGGCUAUACAUCCGCUGGGAGUAGGACCGAUUGAUUUUCUCAUACAUCUGCUAUUCAUGACAACUUGGAUUGGCUGAAUAGCAUUUUUGUUGAGCAUGCCUGAAAAUCUGUGCAGACAUCUGUUAAUGUUUUUAUUUGUUUGAACUCGUGGUAGCUUUGUGCGGAAUCACGUUUUGGUUGAACUUGCCUGACAAUAUGUGUUCAGAACAGCCGCACAGCACAGGUGUAGUUUGCUCGAUGUGUUCGGAAUAUGUGGUUUAUCUCAGUUCGUGACAGCUUCGUGCUAAUCACGUUUAGUUGAGUAUGACCGAAAAUGUGUGCACGUAUUGGUGGUGUUUGCUCAAAUAUCCGUGCUAUUGUUUUUUUCAUGUUUUGGAAGUCUCUGCAUGCUUUGUGGUCUGUCUUCAUGUGUCUAUACCAUACUCCCUCUGUCCUAAAGGGGCAAAUCCCUUUCUUCCUAGGUUGAGUUGUUGCGGAACGGAUGGAGUAUGAGACAUUCUUUUUCACUACUUGUAAGAUUGACAGAUAGUUAAUUAUUCCUUGUUUAGUAAUGGCAAA